AUGGGUGUCUUGCGGCUUGCUCAGGACACAACGACGUUAUACUGUGGAGACCACUGGGAAAACUUCCACUCGUGCGCGCUCAAGGCUCUGGCCAACUGCACGGGCGAGGUGAGGCUGAUCUGGGAGACGCUCAGACAAGACUCCAAGAAGAUGCCGUUCCAGGGGAGUCUGUUCGACCUGUGCCCCAGCGCGGCCCCAGGAGCCGGGCCUGCUCUCUGGGCUGCACUCCUGCCUCUUCUGGCCCUCAUCGUGGACUGGGGAGGGCUAUGA